CUGCAGAUUGACUUUGUUUUUGUUUCAGCAUGGCAAAGUUCCUGGGCCUCAACCGUGUGAGCAAGCUCUUCCAGAUCAUCCGCGAGUCCGGGGGCCUGAAGGCGGCGUACCUGAAGCUCUAUAGGAACGAUGAUCUGAAGAUCGGAACCCUGGUGGGCAUCGACAAGUAUGGCAACAAAUACUUUGAGAACCCGUACUACUUCUACGGCCGCAACCGCUGGAUCGAGUUCGCCCCCCAUGUCAACAUGGACUACGACGGAUCCCAGAUCCCCGCCGAUUGGUACGGCUGGAUGCACUACAAGACCGAUCUGCCUCCCAUCCGCGAUGGUAGCCGACCCAAACACAAGUGGCUGGCGGAUCACAGCGAAAAUCUAUCCGGCACUAAGGAGGCCUACUACCCCUACACAACCACACCCAACAAAGUGGAGGCCUGGGACCCCAAGGCGAAGAAACAGUAGAGUUCGGAUAGCAAAUAGUUAUUUUUAAAUUCAAAAGGCAAAUGGUUGCGAAAAGGAGAGCUCUUUAAUGUGCUAAUAAACCAAAUUUCGUUAAUUUGAUUUUGAAAGAAGAA